UUAACAGAGACUGAAGCACACACGGAGAAACAGUGUGUUUAACAGAGACUGAAGCACACAGAGAAACAGUGUGUCUAACAGGAAGUGGUGAUUUAGUAAACAUGAGUGUUGUGCUGCUCUCGUUGGUGAAGCAGCGACUCACUGCGGCUGCUGAAGACAUCUUUGUUCUGUUUGAAAGAACGAUAGCAGAGUACGAGGAGGAACUGUCUCGUUCAAAACAGGAGAACGAGAGACACCGGAAACUACUGGACGCUGUUUUACAGCCUCAGCUUCAGAUCCUCAGAGCAGACGUCCAGCAGCUGGUGGUGGUUAAAGAAGAGGUUCCCCCUGAGCAGCAGGAGUGGAGGUCCAGUCUGGACCAGGAGGACCCAGAGCCCCCCCCACACAUUAAAGAGGAACAGGAGGAACACUGGAGCAGUCAGGAGGGAGAGCAGCUUCAAGGGCUGGAGGAGGCUGAUAUCACCAAGUCCACAUUCACUCCUGUCCCUGUGAAGAGUGAAGAUGAUGAAGAGGAACCUCAGUCCUCUCAGCUUCAUCAAAGACAAACUGAACACCUGGAAACAGAAGCUGAUGGAGAGGACUGUGGAGGACCAGAACCAGCCAGGAACUCAGAUCCAGAGAGACAUUUACAACCUGAGACUGAGGACAACCCUGGAGACUCUUCUGAAGACAGUGCUGAUUGGAAGGAGACCAGAGAACCAGGAUCAAACUCUCAAGUAAAUAAAGAAGACCCUGUCAGUGAUUCAAGACGUAGUGCAGGAGAGAAACGAUUCAGCUGCUCAGUCUGUGAGAAAACAUUUGCACGGAAAGGAUCUUUACAUCGACACAUGAGAAACCACACAGGAGAGAAACCAUUCAGCUGCUCAGUCUGUGAGAAAUCUUUUGCAGUGAAAGGAUCUUUACAUCGACACAUGAGAAUACACACAGGAAAGAAACCAUUCAGCUGCUCAGUCUGUGAGAAAUCUUUUGCACAGAAAGGAUCUUUACAUCGACACAUGAGAAUACACACAGACGUCCAGCAGCUGGUGGUGGUUAAAGAAGAGGUUCCCCCUGAGCAGCAGGAGUGGAGCUCCAGUCUGGACCAGGAGGACGCAGAGCCCCCCCCACACAUUAAAGAGGAACAGGAGGAACUCUGGAUCAGUCAGGAGGGAGAACAGCUUCAAGGGCUGGAGGAGGCUGAUAUCACCAAGUCCACAUUCACUCCUGUCCCUGUGAAGAGUGAAGAUGAUGAAGAGAAACCUCAGUCCUCUCAGCUUCAUCAAAGACAAACUGAACACCUGGAAACAGAAGCUGAUGGAGAGGACUGUGGAGGACCAGAACCAGCCAGGAACUCAGAUCCAGAGAGACAUUUACAACCAGAGACUGAGGACAACCCUGGAGACUCUUCUGAAGACACUGAAGACAGUGCUGAUUGGAUGGAGACCAGAGAACCACGUUCAAACUCUCAGAGAAAUAAACAAGACCCUGUCAGUGAUUCAAGACGUAGUGCUAGAGAUAAAUGCUUUAGAUGCUCACAGUGCGGGAAAGAAAAUUGCAGCAAGAUACAUCUGAAUAGACCCAUGAGCACCCACACAGGAGGGAAACUAUUCAGCUGCUCAGUUUGUAACAAUUCUUUUACACAGAAAUCAAGUUUAAAGACACACAUGAGAAUCCACACAGGAGGGAAACCAUUCAGCUGCUCAGUCUGUGACAAUUCUUUUACACAGAAAUCAAAUUUAAAGACACACAUGAGAAUCCACACAGGAGAGAAACCAUUCAGCUGCUCAGUCUGUGACAAUUCUUUUACACUGAAAGGAAAUUUAAAUAGACACAUGAAAAUCCACACAGGAGAGAAACCAUUCAGCUGCUCAGUUUGUGACAAUUCUUUUACACUGAAAGGAAAUUUAAAGACACACAUGAAAAUCCACAAAGGAGACAAACCAUUCAGCUGCUCAGUCUGUAACAAUUCUUUUACACAGAAAGGAGAUUUAAAUAGACACAUGAGAAUCCACAAAGGAGACAAACCAUUCCAUUGUAGUGUUUGUGAUAAAAGAUUUAUCUGGGGUAAUCUGGUCAAAAGCCAUAUGUGUGUUGGUCGUCAGUCCUCACAGCUUCAUCAAACUGAGGAGAACAGAGAGGCAGAGUCUCCAGCCAGCAGCUCAGCUGAACACAUGGAAACAGAAGCUGAUGGAGAGGACUGUGGAGGACCAGAACCAGCCAGGAACUCAGAUCCAGAGAGACAUUUACAACCAGAGACUGAGGACAACAAGGAUGACAUUUUCUGUUCAUUUUCAGGUUGGUAUUAGUAUGUUGUCUUCACUGGGACAUGUCUCCAUGCUUUAAUGUUGAAAAAGCUCUUUAUUUUUGUCAUACUGCCUCUUUUCACCCUCUGUCUGAAACCAGAGCCCAGUCUGCUCUGAAUGGUUAGCUGGCCGGCUCUGUUGUGAUUGGUCGACCACUUAAAGAUGUCCCGCCCCUUAGCCUAUCAUAUACAACGUGUUGUUGUGCCCCCAGGUCAAAUCAAUCAGGAUACUUUCCAGAGGGGAAAUGUACGUCGUUACAACAGAAAAGAGCCAAAAGCAGCUUAAUGUUACGUAGAAGCAUGCAUACAAAAGUAUUAACGUUUUUCUUUUUAAAGUUCUGAGGAUUUAGCAGCCAGGUAU